AUGAAGGCCGCCGCUUCGCCCGCGUCUUCGCCGGUGUCGUCGGCGGUGCCGCCGUCCCCGAGCUCAGAGACCUUCUAUGUGGACCUCAACUCCCCGAGCGGCGCGCGACUGCCGUCCCCCAAGAAGGCAGCCCGCGACGAUGCGCCCGGGCCCACGCCCCUCUUCGCCGCACUGUCCUCGCCCAGCAACCUGGUGCGGCCGAGCCUCUCGCAGUCGCCCAAGCGGCGGCCUCUGCAGACGGUGUCGGAGGAGAAGGCGCCCGCCGCUGUCCCAUCGGGCCCAACGAGCCCAACGAGCCCAGCGGCUGUGGCGCGGGAGGACAUGUGUUGUACGCUGUCCAGCAAGGAGCUCAACGAGCUCCCAGGCACAUGCGCGGCCGAGGACGCCCCCGUCCCCGCCGAGCGCGCGAGCGGCAACGAGCGCCCGCGCAAGAAGAAGGGUGUUCGACCGCCCACGUUGGAGCUGGAGCGCUACCUGCCGGAGGAGGAGGAUCUGACCUUUGCCUCGCCCAGCAAGUCCCCCAGCAAGUCCCGGGCGCCCGCUUCCAGCAGCUUCGCGCCGGCAUGGCUGCAAGAGCGGGGCACGCCCGCGCAUGCCGAGAGGCUGCCUUUGGAGUCGUUGCCGCCGCAGCCUUCGCUGCCAGCUGCGCCGCCCCCUACCCCGGGGCCGGUGCCGCCCUCGCCACUGCCGCCCAAGCCAGCGCCCCCACCGGAGACGCCUGAUGCAUGCGCCCGCCAAGGCCUCCGGCGCGGCGCGAGCCGCGUGAGCUUCCCUUCCGUGCCGCCCUCCCCCAGCGCAGGGGGGAAGGGCCUGGCGCAGGCCCCGAACCUGUCGCUGCCAACAAAGCCGGAGCUUCCUCCGGCGCCAGAUCUACCUGCCCCACCAAGGCAUUCCAGGUCGAGUGAAGCCUUUGAAAUUUGA